CAAUAGAUUUACAGCUGUUAAAAAGCACUUGUUUUCCUUAAAAUUUUCAUAAAAUUUCCAAUUUUUGUAUUAAAUUCUAAAAUAAACUUUAUCAAAAUGGCUUUAUUAAGAAGAGCUGCUGUAAAUCUUUGGAAAACAAAUUUAUUAAAUGCUAAACCCAUAACAACCACAGCGGUAAACCACAUUAAGGAAAUACAACAAAAAACCGAAAAGGAUAGUUUAAUUAUUGAGGCUAUUUCCAAACCUUCUCCCCGUGAUGGCAAUAUGCUAAAGGCUGCCUGUUCGGAAAAAUUCUGUCCCGAAUGCACUUUGGGUUUAGAGCUGAAGCAUACAGAUGUUUUAAUUUUGUCUCAGUAUGUCAGAUCGGAUGGCUGUAUGUUGCCCAAGCGUAUAACCGGUUUGUGCCACAGGCAACAAAAGAAAAUUGGCACUUUGGUGACAAUGGCUCAAAAGGCUGGUUUGAUGCCGAAUUUAGCACCAGAGAAGAGUAAAAAAGAUCCCAAGAAACGUUAUGGCUGGAAGAAAUUUAAUAAAUAUUUCCUUGAAAGCACUAUUAGGUACUAAAAAGUUAACAUUUUGCGAAAUAAAAUUAUUAAUCAUAAACUGUAAUGUAAAGUUAAAUAUAA